CCAGAUUGCGGGCCACUUUUAAGUCCAAUCUCUUCAUCUUCGUUUUAACCUUACACCCUGUACCCUCUCAAAACAGUUAAAUGAACUCACAAAAGACUGCUGUCAUCACUGGCGCCUCAUCUGGUAUCGGGUACGCUCUUUCCAUAGAGAUGGCCAAGAGGGGUUACCAAGUCUACGCUUGUGCUAGAAGAUUAGAACCAAUGGAAGAGUUGAAAAAGUAUGGGGUCAAGACAUUCAGGUGUGAUGUCAGCGACUUGCAAAGCGUCUUGGAAGCUAGAGCGUACAUUGAAGAGGAAACGAACGGCGCCCUUGAUAUUUUAUACAACAAUGCGGGUCAAGCCUGCAACGUCUCUGCCAUUGAUGCUACCGACGAGCAGGCGAUGCAAUGCUACCAGGUCAAUGUCUUUGGGCCAAUUAGGAUGACUCGUGAAUUCUCUCGGCUUUUGAUCAAGGCCAAAGGGACUGUUGUUUUUACUGGUUCUAUCGCAGCGUUAACACCUUUUCCGUGGACCUCCAUUUACGGUUCCACCAAGGCUGCGAUUCACCAAUUUGCGGCCGUUUUGCACUUGGAAAUGAAACCUUUUGGCGUCAGAGUCAUUAAUGUGGUUACGGGUGGUGUGAAAACUAAUAUCGAAGACAAUAGGCCUUUCCCUGCCACUUCAGUAUACAAUUGUCCAGAACUCGAAGCGGCGCUUGUCGUCACGAGACGAAUGGUUAACGAUAACCGGCCAAUGCCAGCAGUGGUUUACGCCAAGAAAGUGGUCAACCACAUUGAGUCUGGCAGCAACAAGCUUAAUAUCCAUAGAGGUAGCAUGUCUACUAUCUUGCCUUUCCUUAUGAGGUGGGUCCCAAGAUGGGUAGUCGAAAGAAUCAUCGCUGGCAUGUUCAAGUUGAUACCGCUCUGGAAGGCGCUUCACAAAAAGGCAGCAGAGAAAGCCGAAGUAGAUUUACGCUUGACUUAAGUAGGUAUAAAUCAGGUAUGGACCUCCGGUAUCUUGCCAAUUGCCCCUGCUUCCGUUUUUCAUCCGUAGUGAUCCUGCUUUCUGUUUCUUAGUUCUCCCUCUAUUUUCUAUAUGCGGACACAUUUGUGUUGAGUUUUAUACAGGCUUCAGCCCAGUCUCAUAUAAACAUUGAUUUCCAAUU